AAAGACGGAACUGCCCUCCAACUCACCGCCGUCGACGGCCGCCGCGCCACCGUCACCGUCCCCAGCGACCCCGACCUCAUUGACAUUCUCGCCUCCAACGCCGUCGAUAUAUCGGUUGCCGAGGGCGAUUCCGGCAACGGAUUGUUCAGUUUCAUUGGAAAUCUCAUCUUCCCUUUCCUCGCCUUCGCCGGACUCUUCUUGCUCUUUCGCCGCUCCCAGGGCGGGCCUGGCGGGCCCGGCGGGUUCGGCGGGCCGAUGGACUUCGGCCGGUCAAAAUCCAAGUUCCAGGAGGUCCCGGAGACUGGAGUUUCGUUCUCCGAUGUCGCCGGAGCUGAUCAGGCCAAAUUGGAAUUACAGGAAGUUGUUGAUUUUUUGAAAAACCCAGAUAAGUACACAGCUCUAGGAGCUAAGAUCCCCAAAGGGUGUCUUCUGGUGGGACCGCCUGGCACCGGGAAGACCCUGUUGGCCAGAGCGGUGGCAGGAGAGGCCGGAGUGCCAUUUUUUUCGUGUGCGGCGUCAGAGUUUGUGGAAUUGUUUGUAGGUGUGGGUGCGUCGAGAGUUAGAGAUUUGUUUGAGAAGGCGAAAUCAAAAGCGCCUUGUAUUGUGUUUAUAGAUGAGAUUGAUGCGGUGGGGAGGCAGAGAGGGGCAGGGCUUGGAGGUGGGAAUGAUGAGAGAGAACAGACGAUUAAUCAGCUGUUGACGGAGAUGGAUGGGUUUUCGGGGAAUUCAGGUGUGAUUGUGUUGGCAGCAACGAACAGACCGGAUGUUCUUGAUUCGGCAUUGUUGAGGCCUGGAAGGUUUGAUCGACAAGUGACUGUGGACCGGCCUGAUGUUGCUGGUAGAGUCAGGAUUCUUCAAGUGCACUCGAGGGGAAAAGCACUUGCAAAGGAUGUGGACUUUGAGAAGAUUUCUCGGAGAACUCCAGGUUUCACAGGAGCUGAUUUGCAAAACCUGAUGAAUGAAGCUGCCAUUCUUGCAGCCAGACGCGACCUCAAGGAAAUAAGCAAAGAUGAGAUAUCUGAUGCUCUGGAGAGAAUAAUUGCUGGACCAGAGAAGAAAAAUGCUGUUGUCUCAGAAGCAAAGAAGAAGCUAGUCGCUUAUCAUGAGGCCGGACAUGCUUUAGUUGGAGCACUUAUGCCUGAAUAUGAUCCAGUAGCCAAGAUAUCGAUCAUUCCUCGUGGCCAAGCUGGAGGGCUUACCUUCUUUGCUCCUAGUGAAGAGAGGCUCGAGUCUGGACUUUACAGUCGAAGCUACCUGGAGAACCAGAUGGCUGUUGCACUUGGUGGAAGGGUUGCAGAAGAGGUUAUUUUUGGUGACGAUAAUGUAACAACUGGAGCGUCAAAUGACUUCAUGCAAGUUUCAAGGGUGGCAAGGCAGAUGGUUGAGAGAUUUGGUUUCAGCAAAAAGAUCGGACAGGUCGCCAUUGGUGGAUCUGGUGGAAAUCCCUUCUUAGGUCAACAGGUGUCUUCCCAAAAGGAUUAUUCCAUGGCAACUGCUGAUGUGGUAGACACAGAGGUAAGGGAACUGGUAGAGAAGGCAUACGAAAGGGCCAAGCAGAUCAUCACAACCCAUAUUGACAUCCUCCACAAGCUUGCUCUACUCCUCAUAGAGAAGGAAACUGUAGAUGGUGAAGAGUUCAUGAGCCUCUUCAUUGACGGCAAAGCUGAACUAUUUGUUGCCUAAUCACUGUUGCAUUGAAAUUAUGUUGUAUUACAAGUUUAACAUACAUAUAUAUGUACACAUGUAAAACCAAUUUUGAUUAUUUCCACACAUUCAGGAAAAAAAAUAACACUA